CCGGGCCUCGGGCAGGAACGGGCCGUCGGCCCCAUGACGCUUUGUGUUUGUCCUGAAGCCGCUCGGCGGCAGUCGGAGAGGAGCAGCUGCUUGUGAUGCGGGUUGUGAGGACAGAAAAGGGGGAGCCUCGCAGGACAGAGCUCACAGCGCCUCCAGCCGCUGACGGCCCACCGAGCUCUGCUGGGAGCCCCGUGGGGCCGCGCGCCACCUUCGCCAUCAAAGGGAUGAAGAUAGAAGCCCAGGCCAAGGCCAAGCCCACCAGACCCUCCAGGGCUCACCCUGCAAAACCUAAAGGCUGCCAGCAGCACCCCAAGAUCCGGAACUACAACCUCAAAGACUAACUUCCUCAGCUCCCCCCUCCUCCUAGUGGGUUUGGGGGCCUGUGUCUUCAUCUCCAGAG